AAUCUCUUUAAAAUAAAUGUGGAGGAAUACACGGAGAACAGAAUGCACGUGUUUACAACAACUGGACAAGCAGAUAACCGGGUCAUCACUCGGAUCCCUCUCACCUCCAUAAAAUACUUCUUGGACAUACUUGACAAGUAUGCGUAACGACGCGUGCCUCUAGUGGCACCGUGGAGGGAAACGAGGGUCGUCAGACGCACGCAGAUGCGCGGCUUUCUGCACUACCUUUCCACCCAGCACAAACUGAAAGAUAUAGAAAAUGAACAUCGUGUAACAAAUAGGCUUUUUGAGCAGAUUUUGGACCUUCUUCAAUAACCAGCCUCGCGCCAUCACCGCGCGCAACUGGAGAGGAGCGUCACGGAGCUUCCUCACAAAGUACCUCUGUGUUUCACGGACAGUUUCCCUGACUGGAGUGAUUAAACUGCAACAAGCAUUUUGGACACGUCGUGUAACGCUUUUCUCUGCCUGUCUCGUAUCGUUCGAGGCGACCCAAAGUUCCGCAGGCGCAGUUCUCCUCCUCAGCAGCGGUGCGGGAGUCGGGCUCGGCUGUUGCCGUGGUGCUCGCCAGUAGACAGAUAGCAUCGGCGGAAGGAGGGGAUACAGAGACUCCUGCAGGCUAAUUGUAGCAGCCUGUGUUCGCAGGUGUAUCACUGAUUCGCCUGUGAGAGGACUGGGGGGCUUCAUCCUUAUCGAGCUGCUCUCGGACUUGUGAGUAAAAGAAAAAAAAAAGGGGGGGAAAAACCACCAGAGAGAGAAUGUUGCAUCAAGUACAAUGAGCGCACAUUUGUCGCAGGCACCAAAAUCCAUUUAUGCUCCGUCGAAUUCAGUUUUGAUGAGCAAUUCUGAGUCGUCUUUGGAAUUUUAAAAAGUGGAUCCCGAGACUUUACAACCAUGCGAAACACUUGGCUGUCUCCCCGGAGCGCGAUUUGGAAAUACUGGACGUUGCUGAUUGCAUGUCUCUUUUGGAUUCAGUACUCUUACGGGAUGCCGCAUGUUAUUCGAAUAGGUGGGAUCUUCGAACGAACAGAUGGACCUGUUUCGCUUGUUAGCGCUGAGGAGCUUGCCUUUAAAUUUGCUGUCAAUAACAUUAACAGAAACAGGACUUUGUUGCCAAACACAACACUAACAUAUGACAUACAGAGGAUUAAUAUCUACGACAGUUUUGAGGCGUCAAAAAAAGCUUGUGACCAGCUGUCUUUAGGUGUGGUUGCAAUAUUCGGGCCCUCACAUAGUUCAUCGUCGAAUGCAGUGCAGUCCAUCUGUAAUGCGUUGGAAGUGCCGCACAUCCAGGUGCGGUGGAAACAUCAUCCCAUGGACAACAGGGACAGCUUUUAUGCCAAUUUAUAUCCGGACUAUUCCUCGCUAAGCUAUGCUAUCUUGGACCUGGUGCAGUUUCUCAAAUGGAAGACAGCCACUGUCGUAUACGACGACAGCACAGGUCUUAUCAGACUUCAGGAGCUGAUCAUGGCCCCGUCAAGGUACAACAUACGGCUAAAGAUCCGUCAGCUUCCCCUCGACUCAGAGGACACGAGGCCCCUGCUCAAAGAAAUGAAGAGGAGCCGCGAGUUCCGCAUCAUCUUCGACUGCAGUCACCACAUGGCUGCACAGAUUCUCAAACAGGCCCAGACCAUGGGGAUGAUGACAGAGUAUUACCACUAUAUCUUCACCACUCUGGACCUGAUGGCCAUCGACCUGGAACCAUAUCGCUUCUGUGGGGUCAACAUGACCGGCUUCCGCAUCCUCAAUGUGGAAAAUCCCCUGGUCGCAUCCAUCGUGGAGAAAUGGUCGCUGGAGAGGCAGUUACCUCUUAAACCGGGCUCAGGCCUGCUUGAGGGCAUCAUGACGACAGAUGCAGCUCUGACCUAUGACGCGGUCCACAUUGUGUCCGUCUCAUACCAGCACGCUCCACAGAUGACGGUGAACUCGCUGCAGUGCCACCGCCACAAACCCUGGAGAUUCGGAGGACGCUUCAUGAGCUUCAUCAAAGAGUCUCACUGGGAUGGCUUGACGGGGAGACUGUCAUUCAACAAGACGACCGGCCUGCGCACAGACUUCGACCUGGACAUCAUAAGUCUGAAAGAGGAAGGACUUGAAAAGGUCGGGAAGUGGAGUGCAUCCGGAGGUCUUAACAUCACAGAAGCGCCGAAGCGAAAAGGGAUGAACAUCACAGAUUCCCUGGCUAACCGCUCCCUGGUCGUCACCACCAUCCUGGAGGAGCCAUAUGUCAUGCUUAAGAAGUCUGACAAGGCGCUGGUUGGGAACGACCGCUUCGAAGGAUUCUGCAUCGACUUGCUCAAAGAGCUGGCCAACAUCCUGGGCUUCACGUAUGAGAUCCGCCUGGUGCCUGAUGGGAAGUAUGGCUCCCAGGAUGAGAAGGGCCAGUGGAACGGCAUGAUCAGGGAACUUAUCGAACAUAGAGCAGACUUGGCCGUGGCUCCAUUCACCAUCACCUACAUGCGUGAGAAGGUCGUCGACUUCUCCAAGCCCUUCAUGAACAUGGGCAUCAGCAUCAUUUACCGCAAACCCAACACCACCAACAGCGGCUUCUUCUCCUUCCUCAAUCCCAUGACUCCCGACAUCUGGGUCUAUAUCCUCCUGGCUUACCUGGGGGUUAGCUGUGUCCUUUUUGUCAUUGCCAGGUUCAGUCCUUACGAAUGGUACGACGCCCAUCCUUGUAACCCCGGAUCAGACGUAGUGGAGAACAACUUCACCCUGCUCAACAGCUUCUGGUUUGGAGUCGGUUCCUUGAUGCAACAAGGCUCAGAGCUGAUGCCCAAAGCCCUGUCGACCAGGAUCAUCGGCGGGAUCUGGUGGUUCUUCACACUCAUCAUUAUAUCGUCGUACACAGCUAAUCUGGCUGCUUUUCUCACUGUGGAGAGAAUGGACUCGCCUGUGGACUCUGCCGAUGACAUCGCUAAGCAGACCAAGAUCGAGUAUGGUGUGGUCAGAGAUGGUGCAACUAUGUCUUUCUUCAAGAAAUCUAAGGUUUCUACUUUUGAGAAGAUGUGGGCUUUUAUGAGCAGCAAACCGAGCACAUCACUGGUGAAGUCCAUUGAGGAUGGGAUCCAGAGGGUGCUCAAGUCUGACUACGCCCUCAUUAUGGAGUCCACGACGAUCGAUUACAUCACGAGGAGGAACUGUAACCUGACACAGGUGGGAGGGCUUAUCGACAGCAAAGGCUACGGCAUCGGCACUCCUCUUGGCUCCCCGUACAGAGACAAAAUCACCAUAGCAAUCCUAAGCAUCUUGGAGGAUGGGCGCCUACACAUGCUGAAGGAGAAGUGGUGGAGUGGGAGCAGCUGUUUGGAUGAAGAGCGUCGCGAGACAGGCCCCAUGGGUAUCCAGAAUCUGGGUGGUAUAUUCAUUGUGCUGGCAUCUGGCCUAGUGCUGUCUGUUUUCGUGGCAAUCGCCGAAUUCAUCUACAAGCUACGGAAGACUGCAGAACGUGAGCAGAGGUCUUUGUGCAGUGCCAUGGUGGACGAGAUCAGACUGUCGUUCACCUGCGAGAGGCGGGUGAAACACAAGGCUCAGCCUCCAGUCAUGGUGAAGACGGAUGCAGUGAUCAACAUGCACGCCUACAACGACCGACGACUCCCGGGAAAGGACAACAUGAGCUGCAGCACUGGGAUGACUCCCGUGUUCCCAUGACACUGUGCUCCCCCCAAGGCAAGAACCUCCUGAGCAACGUGUCGGGGACCCUGCCAGAGACCAGAGACAAUGGCAUAGACGGGAUCACCAGAUUCACCAUUAACCACAGUGACUUUGGGACACUUACAAAACAUGGGCAACUGAAAAUGGCAGCAUCAGCCACACAGGUAUGACAACAUUCACCACAGUUCUCCAAACCACAAGAUGUAAAAGAAAAUAAUCGGGGGAGAUCUGGGAAAACAGUAUACUCAAUUUAUCAGUUUUAAGUCUGAUGUUUACGUGCGCAACACAAAAACACAAGAAAAUACACGUCUUUCAAGAAUCCUCAACCAGAGGAAAGACUGACAUUUUUAUUGACUAAUAAGGACUGAGGCAAGAAUUAAGGCUUUGUUGAGAAUGGCAAUAAAUGACAGAUACACACAGAGGACAAGGAAGAGGAGUUUCCUUGGAGAUCCAAUUUUUCCACAUUCAAAUUAUGAUAUCCAGUUCUUACCUAUAACCUGUUGAUUCACACAAACUCCUGGACGACCUUUGACGCCUGAAAAUAAUGUUACCUCAAACACGUUGUCGAGGCUUGUAUGGUUAUUGUUCAGUCAUAAGUUGCAGGAUCUUCUGAAAGCAUGGUUAACAUGGACAUAAAUGAUUGCCAGGCCAAAAAGUCAGACACAACUCUUUAUUCUAAAGUUAAGGUUUGUUGAAGUAAUUACAUGAAAUAAACUAGAUCUACAUAAAAGAAAAGUUAGAAUGGGGAGAUACCUUUUUUUCCCUCCAUUGGAGCGUUGAAUUGCUUUGAUUUAUUAUAACAGAAGAACAUUUUAUUUCAAAAUAAUUUUGUAUGAUUCAAUUUUUAAUCAGUUCAAUUGCCAAAGAUCUGAAAACUCAACAUUAGUCAAUAUAACAGUAUGAAUACUUCCUCUACUCACAAAGCUUUCAUGGGGCACUUAUUUUGGGUUCAAUGCAAAAUCCAUGAGAAUGGUGAGGUACUUUUAAAGGAUCUUUCUAUAACAUUUUUAUUUAACCAUGAAGGGUAACGUGUCUCAAGUUAGUUGUAUUGGCACAGUCAUGGCAUUGAAGUGAAUGGUUUGUGAAAUGGUACACCUCCAGAUAAAAUUACUCUCCUAAGGUUGGUCUCGUGAAUUUCAUUAUGAGAAUUACAGAAUAAUUGACAGUUAAAUUAACCAAUUGCUUAAGUCUGUGCUCACCUGUUAUGGUAGCAUACCUGGACUUUUAAAAACUUCAAUUUGGCAGGAAGGGCAUUGGAUUAGUUAUUUCUGAUUUUAUCUUAGCUGAAUAAAGAAUUGUAAGUCACAGAGACAAAGGGCAAGAGACUGUGACCUUAAAACUAAAGGGCAUUUUGUUGCAAGUGCAUUCUCUAAUUGUGACCAAUCGCGACAUAACCAUUGAUGUACUUGCUGGACUUUGUCCAUAUGUGGCUACAGGACCAUUGAGUGUCCUAAGUACUUUAUUUCCCAGAUGCAAUAUAGAUGCUUUUUUUUUUUGGGGGGGGGGGGGGGGGGUAGGAAACAGCCUGUUUUGCAAUAUGUACAUUGAAAAAGAAAAAUUGCAAGUCUUUGGUUUUAAAUGAGAAUAAGGGUUCUAAGGUUUGGUCAGGUUUGAAUUAAUUUCCUGUUGAAUUAGGUACUUGGUACAGAUGACACCAUACUCAUGGUGUAUGGACAUGCUAAGGGAAAGUUUGGUGAAUGGACAAAAAAGACAGAUGAUGAAUUCACGUGUUCAUGUUGACUUGAACGCCUAAGUGCACGUCUUCAACAAGCGUCAUGGCUUUUGGAAGAUUCACGGAUUGGGUGAGCCGCCAUCACCUAGGACAGCAAACCUCUGUGAGGUUAAGUUGUUGAUACAUCAAGAUAAAAAAAAAAAUCUGAACUAUCUGUGGUUCAAGGAAAACUUCAAUCUGUAAAAUUUAGCAUUGGUUUGGUAGAGAUUCACUGUAUAAUUGUUUAUGGAUUCCCUUCUGCAAAGUAGAGUAUGUAGAUAAGAUCCGCAGGAGAAAAAUGUAUUUUGCUAAAUUUAUACAGUUAUAAAUUUAUUCUGUUCACAGUCUAAUAUGUUAUAGAUGCUAUUUAUUUCAUUAGAGAGGUCACUUUAACCUACUUCCUCACUUAAGCCCAGUUCAAAAGCCCCAAACCCUUAUUUAUUUAAUAGAAAGACGUUUUAUGGUAAAUGUAUGAGAACGCCUAUGUAAAUCAUCAAAUAUAUUUCUACAAGGUGAACAUGGAACGGAAAUGUUUAACUCCCCCAAAGAAUCUAGGGGACACCCCCUAGGGAUGGUGGUAGGGUUGAUCUCAAAAAAAAAAAUGGACCUUAACUUCUCUUGAAAUCCUGAUGAGGACCUGUUUAAAGAAUGGCCGUGGCUGAUACCUGGCUAUAGUAUAUUACUGUUACCCUCGCGUGUACUGUAGCUUCCCAUGCAGGUGAAACAAAGACUCAAGUAUGCCUGUGUUUCACCUCUGUAACAUGAGAAAUAAUUGAAAACUUCAUCAUAAUCUAAAUUAGUUGGAAUUACAACAGGGUUUCUGAUUUGGCUGAUUCAGUCAGGUUUGAUUAAUGAAUAUAUACAUCUUUUUUUAUAAAAUAAUGUGAAUAACAAUGUCAUUUUACACAAAAAUUGUAUGAAACGUGAGCGAAAAAUAAUGCAAAAUGUAAGCUACAUAACCUGUGUUCCAUUAGCAGUGUGUGAUAUGAGUUUUGAUUUUCCCGCAGUCACAAUGGUAAGCCUUUUUUUUAAUGUAUAUUUUUCUUUUUGAGUUGCACAGCUUCUUUCAUUUGGCAGAAAACCUUUCAAACAAUAUGAAAAACAUGUUGGUGCCAACCAGGGUUUUCUUUGUGGACAUGCAGAAUUUCUAUGAAUAUAGUUUUUGUAAGGUUUUGUAAAGAAAAAAAAAAGAUUUUUGUUUUCCUAGUAACUGUAUGUGUUAAGAGAACAGUAGAAUAACUGACAUCGAAAACAUGGGUCGACAAAAUGGUAUAGAAAAGCUAUCAGAUUAUUUUCUUUUUAACACAUUGUGAAUAAUUCAAUUGUACAGUUUGCUGUAUGGGUUAUAUGAAGUUUUAAAUAAAAAAUACAAAUGAU